GGGGAUGAUAAGGUUUUACGUAGUAGGUGAGGCCUUGCGCCCUGCGGUCGAGCAUCCGACGCCGUUGAGCGUUGAGGGAGAGAUUUUCCCUUCAAACAUAAUAAUACUAACGCCAUAUACUGUACUAAAACGCGUCCCAACGCUCAACCUCGCCUCUCCUCUCCUCUCCUCCCCUCCCCUCCCCUCCACCGCCGAGGUCGAAAUCUGCGGCGAAUGCGACCGGGAGAACCGAUCCCAAGGAUCAGCUCGCCGCUGCUUUAGGGGGGAAUCGCCUUUUGGCCCGUGUCCGCUGUGCGUGAUUCCGGACUGUCUACUACAAAGCGUCAUCCUGACCUGAUACCCGUUUACUAAAGCCAAGUCACCAACCAGGUUCGAGCUGCCGGGGAAAUAUGGGCAAUGUACUUGCAAUGCCUGCACAUGUUUUCCAGACAGCUCAACAGAACCAUGUGGUUGUGGUUGCGGAGGAAACAUUCAGAUUAUGUGACGUGGAUCGUCUGUCUCAAGUUACCAGAAAACUGCACCGGUCCAUUGAGCAGCACCCCCACUCAAAGCAGGCAGACACGACGUGCUGUGUCUCAGCUGAAAGGAGAAGCCAUGACAGUUAUCCAUCGUCUGAUGAUGGUGAUGUUCCAGAGUGGCACCUUCAUUUUUCCAACCGGGCCAAUCCCCUCCCCCUAACCGACAAGCGGCAGCUUCAUUAUCGAUCACAUAUGUAUAUGGAAACUGAGGGUCUUGAAUGUAUCUUACCUGACCAUAUGGCCCAACUAGAAGACAUUGUACGCCACCACACAGUGGCUGUUGGUCCUGGUUACGAGGAAGAGCUACUCCAACACCUCCCACACAGCACAGAUGCGUUGACCAGCCUUUUCAAUGAACUGGAAAUUCGGUUGACCAGUAUUAGUCCUGAAUGUGAAGAUUUUCCCAUCAGGUUGAAAACAUACACAGAAUUGCUCUGUUUGAUUAAAGGGCAGUUAUAUGACGAGAGUAGACCAUUUAGGGAAUUUAAGAUAGGCUACUUUGCACAGUUUGCAAAACACCCUAUAGAAAUUCUCGUGAAAAUUGCAUUUCUUCUCAGCAAGAUGGAGUGGUCUGUCACUGAUAUUUGUCCAAUGAUGCUUGCAUAUGAGGCAGUUAUGGAUGUUGUUCCUCUUAUCCAAAAAUUAAUUCCCAGUGAAUCUGAUGAUCUCUUACCCGAGAUUAAAAGUAACAUCUGGGAGUCUUUCAGGAAAAUAGUUGGCAGUAUGGGGGAUCCUCAGGGUGGUGCCAUUCACUCAGUGACAUGUUCCCUGGUAGACUCAGUGAAGAUUAUCCAUAGUCACAAACAGUUAGUGCAAUCUUUUGCUCCUGAUGAUGACAGCCACUCGUUUGGAAAUCUUCUGUCUGGCGUGAUUGGAAGGUGGAUAUCUGCACUCGAGAAACAUCCGAUGUCAGAUAGUCGGCGGAAGAACAUUUUCAUGCUGAACAACAUGAGUCAUUUAAAGGGGAAGACAAAUGUUCUGUUAGAUGAUUUGCUGCCUCUGCAGCAUCUUGAUUUUCCUUAUCCUGAUUAUUUCAAAUUACUCACAGAUAUCUGGAUCCAGGGUUACCUGGUAGAUGCUUGGAAGCCAGCCUUAUAUUUUCUGAGUUGCAAGUCUUGGUGGGUUAGUCGGCAUUCAUCCUUGGUUAAAUUUACCUCAACAUUCAAUGGGAUUUUUGAUCAUCAGAAAACUUGGGUGGUUCCUGAUCCUGCUCUACGGGAAACUCUAAGAGUCCGUAUAAAGGGGCAUAUUUUGCCAACAUACAGAGCUUUCUUGGUGAAGUAUCCAGAUACUGGGCCGUCUGGUUGUUUGUGUUUGUGGGGAGGUUCAGCAGAAGAGAUAUAUAGCGCAGAGAGUUUGGAGCUGGUGGUGGACACGAUAUUUGAAGGAGGAACUGGACAGCCUACUUGUCCUUCCCUUUCUCCUUAGUAUCCAUAGAUUAGACUAUCAAGUGGAAUUGUACAUAAGGUGAAGAUUUUUCUCACACGAAACCACUGAUGUCUGUGUAAUGCUGAUCUUGGAGCGCGCCUUUUCCUCCCUAAGUAGUCCGAUAGGGAAAAGACUCUGGUUGUAUAUUUGAUAUUCUUCUUCCGCCCAUUUUUGAAGAAGAUAGGGAAAAUACUCUGGUUGUAUAUUUGAUAUUCUUCUUCGGCCCAUU